GGGCAGUAGACUCCGCUGGUUCAAAUUUUGUGCGGCUUGUAUUAUUUAACUUAAGCAUUAGGUGAGUAUUAUGGACUUCGCUAGAAAAUCUCUUUGAAUGGACUGAAUGAACAUCUAUGUUCAAGUACUGAACGACUUUGAGGUUGUGUUGUUUUACCAGCAGACCUAUGACGAAUGUCAAGAUUCAUACUUUUUAAAAAAAUAAUUUAGUUUUGAAAAAUAGUUUGUGUUUUUUUAUUAACCCUCGAAUAAUACAUCUGCAAUUUUUGUCGUGCCCAACAUUAAGUUUCUCUAUGAUCAAACGACUGCUAACGCAGCUGUGCAUGGGCAUGGACUUGAACAAUCCCGGCCCGGUACUGUCUGGGCUGCUUUGGCAGCUUCCACAUUGCAUAGUUUGCGAAAGAAGUACCUACAUAGGGAUUUUUGCAUACGGCCAUGUGGACACUCCAGUCAACCCCUGACUGUGAACGUUUAUUAAGUCUCGCUUAAAUUAAAUUAAAAACUGAAAUUUAGGGAAUGGGAGGGGGGCAUCCCUUCGUGUCGAGGAUGGCGUUGUCACAUUCGAUAGACGGGCAUCUCUUCGUGUCGAGGAUGGCGUUGUCACAUUCGAUAGACGGGCAUCUCUUCGUGUCGAGGAUGGCGUUGUCACAUUCGAUAGACGGGCAUCCCUUCGUGUCGAGGAUGGCGUUGUCACAUUCGAUAGACGGGCAUCCCUUCGUGUCGAGGAUGGCGUUGUCACAUUCGAUAGACGGGCAUCUCUUCGUGUCGAGGAUGGCGUUGUCACAUUCGAUAGACGGGCAUCCCUUCGUGUCGAGGAUGGCGUUGUCACAUUCGAUAGACGGGCAUCCCUUCGUGUCGAGGAUGGCGUUGUCACAUUCGAUAGACGUUGUGAAAUCCCCCAGCCCGGGAUAGCAGUUGUUUUUAUCCUGUUGGCAGUCUGCACACUCAACCGGUUAACUUGAACUAAUGCGAUCAAAUCUACUUUUUAAUUGGUUUAAGACAGUGGUUCUUAACCUGGGUUCGAUCGAAUCCCAGGGGGGUUUGGUGAGUCAGUCUCAGUGGUUCGGUGGAGGUCCAAAAAAAAAAAAUCAAAAAAAAAAUCAUAUUUUAUUUUUCUUCUUAAGAAGGGUUCGGUGAAUGCGCAUUUGAAACUGGUGGGGUUCGGUACCUCGACAAAUGGUUAAGAACAACUGGUUUAAGAAUUAUAUUUUUUAGGUGCUUCCAAUUUAUUUGUUAAUGAAAAUAAUCUUUUUUUUUUUUGUUGUAACGAUUUAAGUAGAUCGUCGACCAUGAAAAGAUUUCAAAUACUUCCGAUGCUUGCCCUUGGUCUGCACCUCAUCUGCGGUCUUUCAGCGUGUGAGUUGUCCUUCAGUUCAGCUUUCCGUCAUUCUUUUAGAUUAUGCCGCAUUUCUUUAGCUUAAAUUUUUUUUUUAUAUUCAUAUAUAUAAUGAAUAAUAUAUGAACACAGCACGUAUGUAACCUACUGAACACGGCGCGUAUGUUACCUUUGUGCACAGCGCGUAUGUCACUUUUGUGCACAGCGCGUAUGUCACUUUUGUGCACGGCGCGUAUGUCAUUGUUUGUGCACAGCGCUUAUGUCACCUCCUCGACACAGCACAUAUGUCACCUACUUGGCACAGCGCGUAUGUCACCUUUGGGCACAGUGCGUAUGUCACCUACUGAACACAGCACGUAUGUCACCUACUUGGAAUAGCACGUAUGUCACCUACUUGGCACAACGCGUAUGUCACGUACAGAACACAGCCCGUAUGUUACCUUUUGCACAGCGCGUAUGUCACCUACUGAACACAGCACGUACUUCACCUACUGAACACAUCGCGUAAAUCACCUACUUAACACCGCGCGUUUGUCACCUACUGAAAAAAAUAACACGUAUGUCAUCUUUGAACACAACACGUAUGUCACCUCUGAACACAGCACGUAUGUCACCUUUGGCAUAGCGCGUAUGUCCCCUACUGAACAUAGCGCUUAUUUCACCUACUGGGCACAGCGCGUAUGUCACCUACUGGGCACAGCGCGUAUGUCACCUACUAGGCACAACGCGUAUGUCACCUACUGGGCACGGCGCGUAUGUAACCUUUGGGCACAGCGCGUAUGUCACGUACUGGACCUAACGCGUAUGUCACCUACUGGGCACAGUGCGUAUGUCAUCUACUGGGCACAGCACUUAUGUCACCUACUGAACACAGCACGUAUGUUACCUUUGGGCACAGAGCGUAUGACACAUUUGUGCACAGAGUGUAUGUCAACUAUGGGCACAGCGCGUAUGCCACUUUUGGGCACAGCGCGUAUGUCACCUACUGGGCACAGCGCGUAUGUCACGUACUGGACCUAACGCGUAUGUCACCUACUGGGCACAGUGCGUAUGUCAUCUACUGGGCACAGCACUUAUGUCACCUACUGAACACAGCACGUAUGUUACCUUUGGGCACAGAGCGUAUGACACAUUUGUGCACAGAGCGUAUGUCAACUAUGGGCACAGCGCGUAUGUCACCUUUGGGCACAGAGCCUAUGACACCUUUGGGCACAGAGCAUAUGUCACUUUUGGGCACAGCGCGUAUGUCACCUUUGGGCACAGAGCAUAUGUCACUUUUGGGCACAGCGCGUAUGUCACCUACUGGGCACAGCGCGUAUGUCACCUACUUGGCACAGCGCGUAUGUCACCUACUUAACACAUCGCGUAUGUCACCUACUGAACACAUCGCGUAUGUCACCUACUGAACACAUCGCGUAUGUCACCUACUGAAUACAUCCCGCAUGUCACCUACUGAACACAUCACGUACGUCACCUACUGAACACAUCGCGUAUGUCACCUACUGAACACAUCGUGUAUGUCACUACUGAACACAUCGCAUAUGUCACCUACUGAAUACAUCGCAUAUGUCACCUACUGAACACAUCGCAAAUGUCACCUAUUGAACACACCGCAUAUGUAUCCCACUGAACACUCGCAUAUGUCGCCUACUGAACACAGCGCGUACGUCACCUAGUGAACAAAAAUAAUACCUACAUAACAAUUAUUUGUUGUAACAAAUGAGGAUCAAUAAUUUAUCAUCAUUAUGAUUAUUUGCAUGAUUAUUUGCAUGAUUAUUUGCAUGAUUAUUUGCAUGAUUAUUUGCAUGAUUUUUUAAAAAAAAUAUUGACAUUUAAAUCCGUGGUGCCAUUGGUUGUCAGGUUCAUCAUUUCAGUUUUUUCUUCAGGCAGGGGCUAACUUGGUCAGAUUGUUAAGUUGUUUCUUACUAGAUGUGUAACAGUACAUAGCAAUUCAAAUAAAAACCUGCGAAGUCUGGGAGGGGGGUUGGAGGCGGUGCUAAUAAACCAUCCUGCUCUACUUAAAUGAGGUCCCUUUUGUUGGUGGAGCUGUAAUAAACCAUCCUGCUCUACUUUAAUGAGGUCCCUUUUGUUGGUGGAGCUGUCGCAUCCUAUUCUGUUAAACAAACUACGCAUAUUCAUAUUCCUGAAUGGUUUCAACAAGAUACAACCAAAAACGUGGAGCACGGGCGACGUUUGUCUUUACGGCUUAUAGUGCUCUACUCAAGCCUUUGUAUUCACGGUGUCCUAAUCAGGACAUUGUAUUUACGGUGUCCUAGUCAGGACAUUGUAGUCACGGUGUCCUAUUCAGGACAUUGUACUCACGGUGUCCUAUUCAGGACAUUGUAGUCACGGUGUCCUAUUCAGGACAUUGUAGUCACGGUGUCCUAUUCAUGCCAAUGAAUUGACGGUGCCCUAAUCAGGCCAUUGUAAUAACGGUGCCCUAUUCAGGCAAUUGAAUUCAUGAUGCCCUAUUCAGACCAUUGUAUUCACUGUGCUCUAUUCAGGCCAUUCUUUUCACAGUGCCCUAUUCAGGCCAUUGUAUUUACGAUUGUUAUGCACUGCCUUAUAUUGUGAGAAAUUAAUCUCCUAUUUUAAAUUUAUGGCUAGUUUUAAACAGUGCCUAGCAAAAUUACGAUACCACAGACAAAUACAAAAGUAAAGAUACGACACUCAAAAACAGUACCAAUUACAAUUAAUAAGAUUAAUAUAAGUAUUAAUAUAAUUACAAAACAAAAGAAAUAUAAUUACAAUCAUUAACUUACAUAGUAUGAGAAGUCUUGUACCGAUACAGUUGGUAAAAUGUGCCAAUUAAAAAUGUACAAUGACGAGUUCGAAUAAACACAUAUGAGUACACAAAGAAUUAUAACACUUGUCUUGUAACGUUAAAAUAUCUAUCAAAUCAGUCUCUUAAUCCAUCUGUCUAGUAAAGUUAAAAAUAAAUAUCAAUCAGUCUCCGAAACCAUCCCCGAUAUUGCUCUCUUUGCUUUUAUUGUAGGUUCUACCGAAAAAUCUAGGCGUCUCCGGUUUGUACUCGUAACUAGAAAAUUCCACAAUCUACUGUAUUUUUCGAACUCCUUCAUGUUUACAAGAAACCGACGCUAGAUCAAAGAGAUUAAAGCACGCUCACAACGACCGUAGCCUAAUUUUGUGGUGAACCAGAUUUCACGGCACGGGGAAAACAUGUCCUACAUAACACCUCCAAUCUUAUAAGAAAAAGAAUCAUUUUAAAAAAAAUUGAUUUUUUUCCAAUAAAAAUGUUAAAGAAAGUACUUUUCUGCCUUUCAAAAUAUUAGACAAAAAGUUUCUUAAUAGAUUAUAAACAAUAACAUAAGUGAAAAUUAAUUUCUGGACAAAGUAUCUGCAAUGACAUUAUCUUUGCCUUUAACAUGUUUGAUGUCAAAAUUAUACCCUUGUAAAAAUAGACUCUAUCUUGACAAUCUUUGAUUUUUGGCGACCAUCUUAUUCAAAAAUGUCCAAGAAUGUGAUUAGUAAAAACAAGUACUGAAUGUAAAGAACAACAAAUCUCGUAAGAUUUCGAUUGGUUGUAGAGUGGAAAAAUCACCUGGCAGUGAUACGAAUCCUUCCGAUAUGAAAGGCAUGAAGUCUUGUUUGACAUCAGUAGAAGUUUGGACCUUGGUAGGUAAACUCUUGUUGGAGUCUUGAGAACAUGCGGCUAGUGUAGAGGAAGUUAAACUCUGGGUAGAGUCUUCAAAACUUGCACACAAAAGCUACAGGUUUUACAUUGCCUUCAGGAAAGUGAAUGCAGUUACAAAGUCUUAUACCUUUUCAAUUCAAAGGAUACACGAUCUUAUAGAUCUAAUAGGCGAUGCCAAAUAUGUCAUCAAGAUAGAUAAACUAUCAGGUUAUUGGUAGGUUCCUCUAUCUGACAGAGCAAAAUAAAUCUCCACCUUCUGUGCUCCAGGUUGUUUAUACCAAUAUAAAGUAAUGCCGUUUGGAAUGAAAAAUGCCCCGGCUACAUUCCAACAUCUAGUAAAUAACAUUAUUGCUGACCAGGAAAAUUGCAGCGCCUAUAUUGAUGAUGUGAUUAUUAACAGUCAAGUUUUUUCAACUCAUGUAAACCAAUUAAUAUCUCUGUUUAAAAAUUUUGUGCAGGCAAAUGUAACUGUAAAUUUAAAUAAAUGUGAAUUUUGUCUUGCAACUGUGGAAUAUUUAGGUCACAUAGUGGGUCAAGGUCAUGUAAAGCCUGUUUAAGCUAAGAUAAAUGCUAUUGUAUCACUUCCACCCCCCACUACUAGAAAACAGUUAAUGAGAUUUUUGGGAAUUGCAGGUUACUAUAGAAAAUUUUGCAAAAAUCUCUCAGUUAUUGCUUCUCCGUUAAGUAAUAUGUUAAAGAAAAAUUAAAAAUUGUAUUGGUCAGAUGCUUGUCAAGAAGCAUUCGAAAACAUUAAAAAUAUACUUGCUACUGCUCCUGUUCUUAUGCACCAGACUUUAACAAAAAGUUUAAAUUAGCUGCAGAUGUCACUGAUGUUGGCAUUGGUGCAGUUCUAUUUCAAGAAUAUGACCAUCGUGUAGAUCAAUCUGUCUCGUAUUUCUUAAAGAUAUUUAACUCCCAUCAGAAAAACUAUUCCACAGCAGAAAAAAGAAUGUUUAGGUUUAAUUCUUGCUCUCCAACAAUUUGAUUUUUAUGUCAGUUGUUCUUUAAAUUCAGUACUGUUUUUACCAAUCACAUUCUUUAACAUUUUUGAAUAAGAUGGUCUCCAAAAAUAAAAAAAAAUUGUCAAGAUGGAGUCUAUUUGUUCAAGAGUAAAAUUUGGACAUCAGACAUAUUAAAGGCAAAGAUAAUGUUAUUGCUGAUACUUUGUCCAUUUGAAAUUAAUUUUCACCGUACAUAUAACCUAUGUUGUUGUUUAUAAGCUAUUAAGAAACUUUGUGUCUAAUAUUUUGAAAGGAAGAAAAGUACUUUCUUGAAAAAAUUUUAUGGAAAAAAAUUCAAUUUUUUUAAAAUGAUUCUUUUUCUUAUAAGAUUGGAGGUGUUAUGUAGGACAUGUUUUCCCCGUGCCGUGAAAUCUGGUUCACCACAAAAUUAGGCUACGGUCGUUGUGAGCGUGCUUUAAUCUCUUUGAUCUAGCGUCGGUUUCUUGUAAACAUGAAGGAGUUCGAAAAAUACAGUAGAUUGUGGAAUUUUCUAGUUACGAGUACAAACCGGAGACGCCUAGAUUUUUCGGUAGAACCUACAAUAAAAGCAAAGAGAGCAAUAUCGGGGAUGGUUUCGGAGACUGAUUGAUAUUUAUUUUUAACUUUACUAGACAGAUGGAUUAAGAGACUGAUUUGAUAGAUAUUUAAACGUUAAAAGACAAGUGUUAUAAUUCUUUGUGUACUCAUAUGUGUUUAUUCGCACUCGUCAUUGUACAUUUUUAAUUGGCACAUUUUACCAACUGUGUAUCGGUACAAGACUUCUCAUACUAUGUAAGUUAAUGAUUGUAAUUAUAUUUCUUUUGUUUUGUAAUUAUAUUAAUACUUAUAUUAAUCUUAUUAAUUGCAAUUGGUACUGUUUUUGAGUGUCGUAUCUUUACUUUUGUAUUUGUCUAUGGUAUCGUGGUUUUGCUAGGCACUGUUUAAAACGAGCCAUAAAUUUAAAAUAGGAGAUUAAUUUCUCAAUAUAGAAGGCCGUGCGUAACAGCCAUAUUCAGGCCAUUGUAUGAACGGUGCUUUAUUCAGGCCAUUGUAUGCACGGUGCUUUAUUCAGGUCGUUGUAUGAACGGUGCUUUAUUCAGGCCAUUGUAUGCACGUGCUUUAUUCAGGCCAUUGUAUGCACGGUGCUUUAUUCAGGUCAUUGUAUGAACGGUGCUCUAUUCAGGUCAUUGUAUGCACGGUGCUUUAUUUAGGCCAUUGUAUGCACGGUGCUCUAUUCAGGUCAUUGUAUGCACGGUGCUUUAUUCAGGUCAUUGUAUGCACGGUGCUUUAUUCAGGUCAUUGUAUGCACGGUGCUUUAUUCAGGUCAUUGUAUGAACGGUGCUUUAUUCAGGCCAUUGUAUGCACGGUGCUUUAUUCAGGUCAUUGUAUGCACGGUGCUUUAUUCCGGUCAUUGUAUGCACGGUGCCUUAUUCAGGUCAUUGUAUGCACGGUGUUUUAUUCAGGUCAUUGUAUGAACGGUGCUUUAUUCAGGUCAUUGUAUGCACGGUGCUUUUUUCAGGUCAUUGUAUGCACGGUGCUUUAUUCAGGCCAUUGUAUGCACGGUGCUUUAUUCAGGCCAUUGUAUGCACGGUGCUUUAUUCAGGUCAUUGUAUGCACGGUGCUUUAUUCAGGCCAUUGUAUGAACGGUGCUUUCUUCAGGCCAUUGUAUGCACGGUGCUUUAUUCAGGUCAUUGUAUGCACGGUGCUUUAUUCAGGUCAUUUUAUUCAAGUCAUUUUAUUCAAGGUGUCCUAUUCGGGUCACCGUCCUAUUUAGGGUUAUGUAUUUACGAUGGUGUAUUUAGGUAAUUAUAUUCACGGUGCCCUAUUCAGGCCAUAGUAUUUACGGUGCCCUUCAUGCCAUGGUAUUCAAGGUGCUUUAUCCAUGCCAUUGUGUUCACUCUGCUCUAUUCAGGUCAUUGUAUUCACUGUGCUCCAUUCUGGCCAUUGAAUUCACUUUGCUUUAUUUCAUGGCUUUGUUUGAAGAGUUCUUUGAUCAGUCUUUUGAAGUUGGUUGCUAAAAGCUAGUCCUUGAUUGGACAUUCUCUUGAAAGGAUUAUACCGGAUUUAAAGUCUUAUCACAAAUUCAUGUUGAUGCCCGGGUUGUUAGAAUAAACAACUGUGCGGUGAGAACAUUCAGUGGUUUUAGUAUUUAAACCUUGUCUCUCUAAGUCACAAAAUGUUGCAUUUAAAAUACAUACUCAUUUUUUUCGUAUUACAUUUUUUUCGUGCUACAUUUUUUUUAUUACUUCCGAGUUUAAGUACUUUGAUUUUAAGUACGUUGAUAUCAAAUUUCCCUUUUUUUUAUUUAAAUUGAUUUCUUCUUGUACCCCUCAAAGUGAAUUGUAAUGAUCUCAAGUGGCGAGAGAAUCCUGUGGAUGUGUCCAUGAUGAACCCGAUGUUCGUGACGAAUCCGAGGUUGGCUCUGAAUGCUCUGGAUUGUGAAUGUGAUUUUGAACCUGCUUAUGAGUAAUACUUUUCAUAAAUUUGCUAGCUUGUUAAUUUUAACUCCAUUAUUCUUUAUCGGUCAAUUUGACUGCCACUUAUAAAUUUAUAUACGAUCCUUAUAGCGGAAAAAACUGCACAAACAAGAGUUUAGCCAAUAGUACAAAGACCGAGCCAUAGUCGCCACAAUAAAAAGGCAGACUGCGCUGGGCAGGACAUAUUGAAAGGAUGCCGAAUUGUAGAGCAACAAAAGUGAUAUGCUGGCAGAUACCUAUGGGCAGACGGCUCAGCGGUCGACCAAAACAGAGAUUGAUCGACGAUGUAGAGAAAAAUUUACAUCAGCUAGGGUUUCACGCAUGGAGGCGGAAAGCCUUAGAUCGAUCCGAGAGGAAGGAUGUUGUGGUGUAGGCCAGGGCCCUACAUUGGUUGCAGCGCCACUAAAUGAUGACGAUGACAUCAUCGCGAAUAUUGUUAGAAGCACAAUUUUAACAUUUAUCAGUCGUUAUUUUGUUGAAUUAUUCGUUUUUUUUAAAAAUAAUUGACAAAUAUUUAUAAAUUCUUAUGUAGUAAUUUGAUAUCAACCUUAAAUCUAGUUAAAAUCUUUAUACAUUUUUUGAUGUGGUCAAGAGAGGAGAGGAGAAAAGUGAAUACAUAAAAAGUGACAGAAAUCGAUUGGACAUACUUUAUAAGCCGAUAAAAAAAAUCCAAAAAAAAAUGACAAAGAGGUCAGAGAUAUUGCUUGAGAGUGCUGAUAGCUUAACCGGGAGAAAACACUCGCCCAUUUACUGGUCCGGCAGCCGAGUAGACGCCAUGUUUUCUUGUUGCUGAGCGGUCCGGACAACGAUCAAACAUUUGAUAAACAUAACUUGACAAGAGUGUCAUCUGUGGGCGUAAACGGGCUGUUGUUGGGCCAGGGCGAUGGAAGAGUCCUACGUACAGACAGAAUUGUAUGGCAUCGUCCAAUAGAUGGAGCAGAUUGACGAUGUACUGACCUGGGCUGUGAAGUGCUUCAGCUCAAGCUGCAGCCAGAAUAUUUAUGUUUCUUGAUAGGACAAAACAUUUGAAAAUGAUUCUGCAAACGGUGAAUUCUAAGUGAGCUACUGAAUUGCAGAAUGAAUUCCUCUACUUCGCGGCUCUGCUGUGUGAAAGCUACGGACAGCAGUAGAACAUCGACAGUAAAGCAAAAGAGUGGUAAAUAAUUUGACUUGACAAAAACAAUGAUGUAUGAUGUAUCAUUGAUCCUUUAAAUUAAAUUGAAUGUAGUCGCGUAUAUCUAUGUAGCCAAUUCAAGGAAAAUAAUCUUACAGGUACAGGUGGACCAAAGACGACAAACCUGUGAAUGAAAGCUCUACCGUUCUAACUCGUGGACCCCUUCUGCGAUUCUUAAAUUUUUCUGAUUCCGAUGAGGGCCUGUACAAGUGUUAUGGACUGUGGCCUCACUCCAGUGACUUGGAUACAAAUACACUUUACCAAACCGUCAGGAUACGCCAACCACGUAUGUACUUUAAGAAUUAGCAUGUCUGGUCCAUUAAACUAAUUGUGUAUGCCCCCCCCCCCGCUCCACCCAAUCCAACGCACAACAGCCAAAUGCACAUGACAAUAAUUAGAGUCAUGGCUUGGACACCGGUAAUGUGACCAAAAAUUGUUAUUGUACAUUCUAAUCUAAUCAUGCAAAUAAACGAUAUCGCUAAUAAAUUAUUGUUAAAAAGCAAUAAUGUUAUUGAAAUGUCAUAACCAAUUUUCUUUUGAGGCUACAUUUGGUGCUUUUGCCAUGUCUUCGAGGCUUUCUUUUAAAACUAAUGCUUGGUGCUUUCGAAUGCCUUCAAUGAUUUCUUUUAAAACAGCAGUGUGGUUCUGUUGUCAUGCCUUCAAUGAUUUCUUUUAAAACAGCAGUGUGGCUCUGUUGCCAUGCCUUCAAUGAUUUUCUUUUAAGACAGCAGUGUGGCUCUGUUGCCAUGCCUUCAAUGAUUUCUUUUAAAACUGCAGUGUGGCUCUGUUGCCAUGCCUUCAAUGAUUUCUUUUAAAACUGCAGUGUGGUUCUGUUGCCAUGCCUUCAAUGAUUUCUUUUAAAACUGCAGUGUGGUUCUGUUGCCAUGCCUUCAAUGAUUUCUUUUAAAACAGCAGUGUGGUUCUGUUGCCAUGCCUUCAAUGAUUUCUUUUAAAACUGCAGUGUGGUUCUGUUGCCAUGCCUUCAAUGAUUUCUUUUAAAACUGCAGUGUGGUUCUGUUGCCAUGCCUUCAAUGAUUUCUUUUACAUGUACAACAAAUAAAUAUUUUUCGGAAAAGUUUGUUUUGCCCAUCAGGAUUUUUUGAGCCCAAGUGCUCAGUAAACUUGCUUGUAAAUGUAUGAAUUUGUGACCUGUCACUGACGGUACCUGGCUCUACGUGCGAUUGCCUCAAGCUGAUGUUAUUAACAGAAAUAUAAAUAUUUAAAAAUAACUUGGGGGUGUAAAUAUUUUUUUUUUUUUUUUUUUUUUUUUUAGUUUUUGUGUUGUCGUAAAAAAUUAUUACAAAUAAAAAAAAAAAAAAAAAAAAAAAAAAAAAAAAAAAAAAAAAUGCUUUUGAAACCAUAUUGUGGCGGAUAAAUGAAACACGUCUUUCGGUUUGUCAUCGUUUUAAUGGUACCGAGAAAUGUUUUGCUCAAUGUGCUGAAGAUGUUCACUAAUUCUAUCGAAUAAACUUUAUUCCGUUUUACCUUUAUAGCUAGAGUGCCGCCUUUGGCUAGCAAUCACAAAAAUUUGCAGUAGAGUUAGUAGAUAUGAAGCACUGUUUAGUGAUAAAGGUGUGACUAAGAAGUUAAUUUCGCUUUUAUUUGAACCUACAUGCGGGAAAUUCCUGCAAUUUUUGUGAACAAUGUUUGGUCACUUCGUCAGACGGGUCUGCUUCAAGGGACUAUGAACUCACCAGGGUCACACCAAUUUCUUUAUAUUCUACAGACAAUGAAACCGAGUGAUUAGAUGAUUGUGUUAAUUUGCAAGGUCAGUCAGAAAUUCCUAACCAUUGUUUAGCUGUCAGAUUCUACUUGAACGAAUGUAUACUCUAGUCUAAUCCAAGAAAUGUAGACUCUAGUCUAGUCCAUUGAAUAUAUGUCCUUAGUCUAGUCCAUCGAAUGUAGAUCCUAGUCUAUUCCAUUGAAUUUAGUCCCUAGUCUAGUCCAUUGACUGUUGGCUCUAGUCUAAUGCAUUGUUCCCCUAACCUUUUAGAUGGUGGAUCUGUCCACAAGACCGGUUGAAGGUCUAUUGAGCAUACAACAUUUUUUUUACUACCGUAAUUAUUCAUGUUAUGUGGACCUUCAAAAAAUGGCUCGCGGUCCGGUGCCUGUAUGUGGACCACCAUCAAAGUAAACGAUGUCCUAGGGUUUUUUAAAUGGUUUGUUAUAUUAAAAGAAUAACUUCUUUCAGAUUGUUUAUCGGUAUAACAUCAUCACGUGUUCUUUUUUUAAAAUAAUGUAUAUGUAGCUUUAGUGAGAUGGAAAACUUAAAUCUUUGACAGAAUUCCCAAUGGACUUAACAAUAGGCAAUACAUAUAUAUAUAUAUUAUAUAAAUAAAUAUAUAUAUAUAUGUAUUUUACCAUGACUCAAUUUAGGUUUUCUUGAAAUUCUAAAGACAUCCAUUGCAUUGACAUACGUAUUCAUGUGUAGACUCUUUUUAAUUAGUACGAAAGAAUCAUUAAAUAAACACAUUUCUAAAGUAACCAUUUUAUAUAAUUAACACUUAGCCCAUCUAUAUUUUUUAACACUAAUCCCCUAAUUAAAGGCGUCUUUAAACAAAAUGUUGCCUAACGUAAUUUAACUCAAAUGUCAUGAGUUGACUGUGAAAGAUUUGUUAAUAUUCCAAUACUGACCAAAGAAAAUCAUAAUUAUAGAAAAAUAAAGAAAUUGAUUAAAAAAUGAAUUAAAUUACCAUUAAUUAGAAUGUUUCCUUACCAUUUACCUAUGACUAUGUACUACUGUUUGAUACAGACUGAUAUUUUUAGUAUUUAAUUACCUAUUUUUGUGUGCAAUCCCAAAAUUAGCUAUUCAGAUAUCGCAGUCACCCAAAAUAACUGAUUUUUAUACAAUCUUUUAUGUCAGGAUUUGAACGUUUUAUUGAUAAAGAUGACACGGUACACACCGUUCAGGAAUACACCUACGUGCGUUUGGAGUGCAGCGACAAGGGUGAAAUGGUUGGCGAUACUUUCGGCUAUGGAUGGAUCAGGAAAUGGUUCGGAGGACUAGAUGAAAAUGGAAGAAUGUAUACUGAUUUGACAGGUAUCUAUCUAAGAUCUAUCUAGUAGGCUCCUUACGUGUGGUAGGUAGGAUAACAAAGAUUGGCUUUGUUAUGGUGUAACAUGACCGGUAAAAUAAUAACAUCUCUAAUAAUUUACCUUUUUUGUUUAGCUCCAGCUCCACUCCAGGUCCACUCGGACAUUUUUUUGUUUAGCUCCAGCUCAGCCCCUCAGCCUUUUCGAAAUUAAUGUAGAUAAUAUUUUAGUUGGAAGGAAAAAUAAGUUACAUGUUCAUUUUUUUUUUCUAUUCCAUUUUUAUGAUGAUUAUAAAGAAUUAAUUUUGUAAAAGUGCGAGACAAAGUUUUUUCUUACCCAAUUUUUCGAUUUAAAGAAAAUCAAAACUCUUUCAUCCCUAGAACCAAAAAUUAAAUUAGGUUUUUAUUUUAAAAGAAUAUCUCCCUUGAUGUGGUUGAAAUAUGUAAAUCGUUUUAAGAGGGACACUAUUCCAUGUUCUGACAACACAACGCUGUUUUAGUGUUUUGCUUCUGUUAGUAUGCGUUCCAAAUUUAUGCAGAAGGACUAGUCAUUUUACUUUCAAAGAAGUGUAGAUUAUUACACAUGAGAAAUAAAAGGUGGACCUAAUGGUAUUUCUGUGUUAAAAAAUGUCAUUCAAUAUGAUCUUUAUGUCAAGGUCUUUUUUUUCAAUAGAAUAGUGUUAAUUAUCUCUCCUUAAUUUAUCGAAUUUGCUUUGGGCAAGGCAACAAAUAAUCAAAGGAUGUAAAUAAAUUUAAAAUGACUGCGUUUCAGGAAAUCUGCACAUCACACCGGUUCUAAGAGAAGAUGAAAACUUUAGCGGAACGCCUGCAAAAUUUAGAUGCGGUAUAUGGGACUUGAAGUGGUUGAUGCUUACGCGCUUUGGAAAUGACCAUUCCUUAAACGUGACAAGAGUGGCAGGUUCGUCUGGCUAUAAAUGUGCGUGCUGUAUUUGUCAGUAAAUUGACAGGCAAAGUUCAUUACAAAUGUAGUUACUCGUUAAAACAUUUAAAAUGACCUCUCUUGCAGUUGCGCCCAUGUCCAUACCAAUUCUGCAAUACAAGAGCGAAAAUGCGACAGCUGCCUUGUACAAGACUGCUAAACUUGAAUGCGUCUUCUCUGGCUAGUAAGUCAUGCUACUAUUAUAAGAACAUUGUUUUUUUGUUCAAACCAGUUUUGUCUUUGAGAGCAAUGCACCAUUGUGCAGAGUUAUAAUCCAUAAAAGCUGUAAAGAAAAACUAAUACACAGAAAUAUAUUCAUUACAGAAACCAUGGUAAAUCUCAGAAAUGAAUAUCUCAUAUAUAUAUAUAUCCCCAUCGCGACCGCUCAGAAGCAAAAAUCUGCAAAUAACAAGACAUCCAUUACUCUCUCAGGUGUGCGUAUUGAGUUAGCUCAAACGGUGUGGUACCUGGGUGUCUACCUAGAUAGAAGACUAACUUUUGAAAGUCAUAUUAACAUGCUAUGCAAUGCAAUUUUUCUUGAGCUGCGCAGGAUUAGUCACAUCAUGCCCUUCCUAACAAUUGAUGCAACAAAGAGGCUGAUGUCUGCAUUUGUGCUAUCACGCAUGGACUAUUGCAAUGCUCUCAUGGUGGGUCUUCCAGCUACGCUCCUGGAUAAAAUUUAAAAAGCACAGAAUAAUGUGGCUUGCAUUGUUCUUCGCAAACGCAAGUUCAACCAUGCAAAAAAACUUCUGAGAGAGUUGCACUGGCUGCCGGUGCGUGCUCGUACCUUUGUGCUACCACAGCUUACAUGAACUGGCGCCGUCCUAUCUGAAAGAGCUGCUGACGCCUUAUGUACCCACUAGAGAACUCCGUUCAUCCGAUAGUGGCAAACUCUCGACACCACGUGUUUGCCUUGAGACUUACGGAAAGCGCACUUUCGCAUUUGCUGUUCCAACAAUUUGGAACGCCCUUCCUGUCGAUCUCAGAAACAGCCAGAUACUGGAGUCCUUUAAAACCGAUUUAAAGACACAUCUAUUUCGCAAACACCUUCUGGCAUGAUUGUCUACCUUAUUUUCCAGUUAAUGCAUAAUGGCUGUCUUGCUUAGAGUUGAAAUGGCUAGAAAGACAUUGCCAUUGUAUGCUUGUAAUUAGUUUUUGUAGUGUUGCGUUUGUUUUAAAUGUGGUAAAUUAUAGAUUUGUUUUUUGUUGACUUUGUACCGCGCGUCGAGCCUUUGGGGAUGAAGCGUGUUUUUGAAAUGAACUUUAUUAUUUUUAUUAUCAGCCUUAAUUUUUAUAAGUUUAAUUUAUAUAUAUAUAUAUAUAUAUAUAUAUAUAUAUAUAUAUAUAUAUAUAUAUAUAUAUAUAUAUAUAUAUAUACAUAUAUAUAUAUAAUGGUUCUGGUGUGGCUGCUUCCAUUUCUGGCUGCUUCCUAACAAGCUCGCUUCAUCCUAUUCGGAGUAUUUGGUACUGAGAUUAUUUUCGUGGCUUUUCCUAUAUGCUUUUUAUUUUGUGGCAUAAAUUUUGGUAUGGAAAUGGUGUUGUUAUUGUUGUUAUGUUUUAGCAGGAGCAGCAGUGAUGGCGUAGUUAGUAAUGGUGUGUUAUCAAUAGAGUUCUUUACUUUGUUUUUAUAUAACGCUUUUGCGCUUGGUGGGUAAUAUUUUCUUUUCGGAAAAUGAAGACGUCUCAAUUUAAAUAUUUUUUCAUAAAUAUUUGGUUUGAAAGUGGUUCGGAUAUCACAAUAUUAAUAUAGUUCGUAGGUGUGAAAUAAAAUUUCUGAAGUGACGUAUCAUGGAUUGGAAGGUGUGUAGCGAAAAAUUGGGAUUCUUAAAUGUGCGUUACUUGAGUUCAUGAUUUGUCUUAGCAUGUAUCUUAGCAGGUGGAAGUUCACGCAUUGUCGUCGUCAAUGUUUGGAAUCUAAAACUAGCAUAUAAGAAUGAGCUAAGCUGAUCAUGUAACACAAAAAAAAAGAUUCUUAAAAAACAAACAUAGUGAUUUUCUGAUUAUUUUACGACAAUCGAAUAAAUUUAAAUACACAAAAAGUGACAUACCGGUACAUCAAUUUCCCUUUUGGUAAAUUUUAAAGCAUUAUUAUUAUGAAUUUAUUAUACAUUUAAUUUAACAACAAAAUAUAUAUUUUAUGCAUUUUAUCCAGGUUGAAAGGCUAUGGAAAAAAAAAGUUUAGUAAAAAAAGUUUACUCUUUGAAUUACAUCCUCAUCACAUUUAUCGGGAAAACCCAAACAUCUGUUGUUUUUCGUGCGUUAAAAUAUUGCGAAAUAAAAUGAAAGUUAAUUUGAACUAAAUUAACACUGAAGUGACGUCAUAGCGCGAAAUGCCUAUUUUAGCAAGAGCUCUGAGGUCGUUGUUAUUAUUUUUAUUUAGCAGCCCCACGUGAUACAACUGAGUAUGUAUUUUUCCACUUUUUAUAAGUAAAAUUAAUACUUAGGCCUACAACUGAUUGCUUUUUUAAAAGUAAAAAAAAAUAUCUAAAUACAUUUUAGCUUUGUACUUUAAUUAAAUUUAAUUUGCGUUUCAUUCACUCAAAAAACAUACUUUUAUUAAAUUUAUUCGUUAUAAAAGCUUGACCUUUAAAUAUAUACUUUUAAUAAGAGAAUGCCUUUUAAGUCAAUCAGUGCUAAAAACUCCAUAGCCAAAUAGCAUUCAUUAGUGAACUUAUCCAAAUAAAAAUAACUAUGUGAAGUGCAAACAAUGUGUGUCUAAGUACAUAUAUAGCUACAAUCAAUUUAAUACAUUUAAUUAUGUUAAACUCAUGGUUGCCAACCGUCCGUAAAUUUACGGACAGUCCGUAAAGAUUUGUCGUAAAAUUGCCUGUCCGUAAAAUUCCGUUAAAAAAUGAAAACGUCCUUUAGAAAAUCGACAAAACGUGGCAUCUCAACGUUUAAAAAACUCAGUAAAUCAUGUUGGUGAUCUCUAGUCUCUUGAUUGAGAUUUUAAUUUUUAAAUUGUUUUAGUGGCAUCCCUCGAUCUAUAAUUAAACUGUAAGAGCUUUCUGGACAGCUAGGCUCGCGCGGCGAGACAAAUCGUGGCAAGAUGGACUUGUUUAGACAGAUCGUUAGUCGUUACGUCACAAUCACGCAUACAUUAUGACGUCAUAAAUGUAAAAUUAGUAUCUGUUUUUUUUUUUAAAAUGGCGGAGAAGAUGGAUACAAGCGAAGAUGAUAGCUGCAUUGAAAACUGUGAAAUAAACGAAAAUGCGGAUAAGAUUAUUGUUAAAAAUGCUAAAGUGAACAGAAAAUGCUAUUUUCAGCCUACAUGGAUUGCAAACGGUAAAUUUAAGGACUUGAUAUCAACGGACAAUGAUUCCAAAUAUAACGCUGUAUCCACGUGCUGUAGAAAGAUAUUUAGCCUUGCAUCUGAUGGUGUACGAGACGUUCGCAGCCACGGUAGAAGCGCAAAACAUAUUCAGGCAAUGACUACAAGGAAAUUUGCUGAUGGAAUGUUGCAGUUCUUGACUAAGGAUAAAAAAAACUGUCUCCUGUAACUGCUCACAACAAACAGGUAACAGAAUGUGAAUUAAAAGUGGCAAUUUUUUUUGCAAGAAAAAACUUUCCACUAAGUUUAUUGGACGACAUCUUGGAAAAUGUUGCAGAUUAGUUUCCUGAUUCAAAAAUCGCUAAAGAUUUCAGCUCUAAACGAACAAAGGGAUCUAUGAUGAUAAAAAAUGUUAUUGGCAAACUGAACAAAGAAGAUUUGUCCACCAAGUUGAGAUCAUGUCAUGUUACUCUGUUGCUUGACGAAUCAACUGAUAAUAUAUCAACCACAGAAAAAAUGGCCAUGGUGGUGAUUUACUUCGAUGUUGAAAUUGGUAAGGUUCAAUACAGAGUUUAUUGUUUAGUUGAUUUAAAAGAAGCAAAAGCAGAGUUCAUUUUUGCUGCAAUCAAGGCAUGUCUGGACGAAGAUAAAAUACUACUGGCCAAUGUAAUGGCACUUUGAACUGAUGGAGCUAACGUAAUGAUUGGAGCCAAAAAUUCCGUGCUUUCACGUUUCAGAAGUGUACAUGCCAUGUAGCUGCUCUAUGUGCCGCUGAUGCAUGUAAAACAUUUCCCAAAUUUAUUGAACAGCUAUGCAGAGGCAUUCACAGCCAUUUUUUCACAUAGUUGCAAAAGAUUACAGCUGUACAAAGAGUUUCAAGAGUUCGUGGAAGCAGACACUCUACGAUUAUUGCAGCUGUGUUCCAGGAGAUGGUUUAGCCUGUUGGAGUGUAUUAAUCGUAUUGUUAACCAAUACGAUACACUUUCAAUCAAAUGAUGAGUGUGACUGGUUGGUUACAGUGGAUAGAAUUAGCACUCAAUUGCAAAAUCCUGUCGUUAAAUGUUAUUUGUUGUUUUUGCAAGCAGUGCUGCCUAUGUUUACUCAGUUCAACAAAAUGUUUCAAUCAAAUUCUUACCAGUAUUAUAUGCAGAGGCAAAUCAACUGCUGAAGAGUUUGUUGGGUUACUAUAUACGACCACAAGUUCUGUUGUUAGUUGAAGACUUAACGAGUUUUGAUCACUUGGAAAGUACAAACUUUAAAUCACGCGAUAACAUAUUCAUUGGUUAUCAAACUAAACUUCAGCUGCAAAAAGUAGAUGAUCCAUCGACUGUUGAAAAGUUUUAUGUUGAUGUUCUUGCAUUUUAUACCAAUGCAGUCAGUGCAACCCAGAAAAGAAUGCCUAUUAGCAACAGAGUGCUGAAGCUCAUGUCAGUACUAAAACCCACUAACAGAAUAUCGGUGGAACAGUUGGAAAUUUUGGAACUGGCCCAGCUUUUUCCACAAAUUGUGUCUCCAGCAGAUUUUGAUUGUUUAGAGGCCGAGUUUAUUGACUACGAAGUUGCGGAUUUAGGCAAUGUCAAGGCCGACGGAGGUUAUGAUGCUUUUUGGCAUCAAAUUGGACAAAUGACUAGAAAUAUCGAAAAACAAAAAGAGUACAGAUUUCCGCUACUUUCGAAGUUUGCACAAAUAAUAUUGGCGCUUCCACAUGGAACAGCAGAAGUAGAACCCGUUUUUUAUGCUGUUAGUUUAUUGAAAAGCAACUUGAGAAAGAAAUGGUGUACUCCAAUGUUGGAACGUUUACUGACUGUAAGAAAUGGACCGGGAAAAAUUACUCCCACAAUGAUCGACAGUGUAAAUGUUUCUAUGUAUGAUCAUAAGCAGGAGGAAUUAAACACGGUCACUGAUGAUGAAUGUCAUACUCAUACAAUAAACUAACGUUAUAAAAUAUGAUCAUGGUAAUAGAGAUAUACUCAUAUGGAUACUUUACAUUUUUAGCUACAAUGCUUGGAUUAUGCUUCAUAUUCGUUCGUUUUAAGGUCAACAUUUUAUUUUAAAUGUGUCCGUAAAAAAUUGUUUUUUCCCGUAAAUUUUGUUGAGAGUUUUUAAAAUUGUCAGUAAAUGUUAAUUUAUUGAGUUUGCAGCCCUGGUUCAAGGACGUGCACACCGUGUGUUAUUGCGUACGCAUGGCCUAACAUUUCGGGAACGACUUUAUUAUUUUUUAAAAAUUAAAACUGUGCGAGAGGGCGACUCGAUACUUUCAAAAUAUCACAAAAUAUCUGUCAUUAUUAUCCCGGUAACAUCGGAUCAUAAAUUCUAGUCAUAAAAAUGUGCUUUGCUUUGAGCCUUCCAAUCGUAAAACUCAGACAUGAGUGCAGAAAGGUAUAGUUAAAUUUAUUUAUUAUUGUUGUUGCCAAAGUCGUAGCGAGGGUGUUUGGGGCGCGGGGACAAGAUUCGCGCUCGGGGACAAGAUCCAUUUUAAAGCGCCCCCUUUUCUUUUUUUCAACUCUCAGACCCAUUAUUUUUACCAAUUAUAUAAUUUCAAAGCACAUUUUUGGCGCCCCUAACUAGCUUGCGCCCGGGGGGACAUCUGUCCCCCCUGCCCCCCCCUCGACACGCCUCUGGUUGUUGCACAGGUAAAACCCUUUAGUUCAAUAUCAUGGUGUUGUUCUCGCCAAGACAUUACCCGAGAAGUGAUUCUAUAAGUCAAUCUUCCUGAUUUUAGAGAUAAAUUACUUUAAUUGCAUUACCAUCUCUGGAAAUUUUCAUCUAAAAUAAAAGUACACACAACAUGUUGUUGAUGUUAUUGAUUUUUAAAAUAAUUGUAUCGUUAAAGUUCUAAUUACAAUCAUCAUUUCAUCUUGUACAAGUCAUGUAACACUAAGACGUAAACUUAUACAAAUUGUUUUUAACGAUUGAGAGAAUUUUUUUUUUGUUUUUGUUUCAGCCAUCCCAAUUAUACUAUGUCAUACAGUUGGUUCCUACCCAACGGUUCAUCUGUGGUGCAGACUGGGGUCCGGGGAUUAGAGAAAUACAACUUAUAUUUCAACAACAGAAGAUUGGAAAUAAACGACGUCAGAGAAAGUGAUGGUGGAGUGUACCAGUGCCAGGCUGAAAAUAUGCUGGGCGUGUCGACCAGAGAAGAUGUUCAACUGGAAGUAACGUGUAACUGAACAAAGAGACAUCCAUGUCUUUGUACAAGACAUCAAGUCAAGAACUGACAUCUAAGUAGUCAUAAUUAUCUUCUUUAUCUCUUAAGAGUAUUUGUUUUAAAUUCAUAUCAGAAUGAUCCCUACAUUGAUCGUGAACCCUUGAUAUAUUUAAUUUUUUUUUUAAAGACAUUUGCAUUAAAAAUGUGUUAUGGCAAAUUUUUUUAUUUAAAUUUUUGUUAAAAAUAAAAGUAAUUCCGAGCAAGGCUUGUAUCAAAAUAUGUGCUGACUUAAGUAAGCUGUGCUGUCCUACCACUUUGUUUUCUCUAGAUACCGG